GUCCAGCGUCUCCCCCACCCGCCGCCCCCUGUCGAAUCUGCGGCGGCCGUUGGGCCGUUAGCGCAGUUUGGGCGGUUGUCUUGGAGAAGCAAAAUGGCUGCUGCGACGGCGGCCGCAGCCGCUGCGGUGGUGGCGGCGGCGGCGGAGGAGGACACGGAGCUGAGAGACCUGCUGGUGCAGACGCUGGAGAACAGCGGAGUCCUCAAUAGGAUUAAGGCUGAACUACGGGCAGCUGUAUUUUUAGCACUUGAAGAACAAGAAAAAAUAGAGAACAAAACACCUUUAGUGAAUGAAAGCCUGAAAAAGUUUUUAAAUACUAAAGAUGGUCGUUUAGUGGCAAGUCUUGUUGCAGAAUUCCUUCAGUUUUUCAAUCUUGACUUCACCUUGGCCGUCUUUCAGCCUGAAACUAGCACAGUUCAUGGGCUUGAAGCUCGAGAGAAUUUAGCCCGAGAUUUAGGAAUUAUUGAAGCAGAAGGCACUGUUGGUGGACCAUUACUGUUAGAGGUAAUCAGACGAUGUCAACAGAAAGAAAAAGGUUCACUUAGUGGGGAGGGAGUACUGGAUCUGUCUGAUAUACAUUCUCCACCAAAAUCCCCGGAAGGAAAGAUGACAAACUCUCAUACAGCACCCAGUAAGAUACCAAGGUAUAAAGGACAAGGUAAAAAGAAGAAAAGCGGGGAGAAGUCUGGUGAAAAGAAGACCACUGAAGCAAAUCAGAGUGAUACAAGUAUCUCCUCAUCAGAAAUAAAAACCAAAAGUCUUCAUCUCGUAGCCAGUGAAACAAAACUUGGUUCUCCCUUAAAUAAUAGAGCUUUGGAUGGCAAAGACACAACUAGUCGAUGUUCCCAUGAAGAUGACAUGGAUGGCGAUUCCUUCUUUGAUGAUCCCAUUCCUAAGCCAGAAAAAAGUUAUGGUUGGGCUUCUGAUAAAAACAGUGACACAGAAGAUGACAUAGAAGAUUUGUUUGAUAUAACAGAUGUCAAACAAAACUCUAAAAAGAGGAAAAGUGAAUCAAGCAAACAGGUGGGAAGCCUUGCAUCACUUUCUGAUGCACCACCGUUAAAAAGUGGACUUAGCUCCCUUACUGGAACACGUUUACUAAAAGAAUCUGAAAAUACAAGGGGAAGCUCAGUAUUGAGAGAUCUGAAAAUAGUCAGUGAUAAAAUUGGAUCACUUGGAUUAGGAACUGGAGAUGAAGAGGAGUACAUGGAUGAUUUUAAUAGUACCAUAAGUCAUCGCUCAGAGAAAAGUGAAAUAAGUAUUGGAGAAGAGAUAGAAGAAGAUAUUUCUGUGGAACUAGAUGACAUCAAUAUCAAUGAUAAACUUGAAGACCUCACACAAGACAUUACUGUUUCUCAACUUAGUGAUGUUGCAGAUUACCUAGAAGACGUUGCAUAGACAUGAAAGAAGGAGGUAUUCUAAUAAAAUGGACUAAGGACUCAAAACAGUUACAUUUCUUUCAGACAAUCACUUUGGAAUGUCUGCUUCCUGUUUGUGCCUUGUGUUUCAAAAAGACUGGAGAUAAAAAAAAAACUUAUAAUUUCACAGCAUAUACUAAAUGAAAUAGUACCAAUUGGAACCUGUGUGGAGGAUUUACUAUUCUUCAUUUAGUUAAAAUAUGCCUUUCACUGUGGAAGUUGGAUUUGCUCAGCACUUGUCCAUUGCAGGCAGUGGACACAUGGAAUUACCAGUGUUAUGGAGAGUAUAAUAGAAGAAAUCAACAAAACUAUACCUUCACACAAAAUUGUGUAUGAAUGAGUGUGUGUGGCAUUAUGAUACUUUUCAAAUAUGGUUUUAGGCCUCAAAAGCAAGGACAUCUGGAGUUAAGGCUUAUCCACUCAAUUAUACUUUGUCAUUGGUAAAGUCAUUCUGAGAUUAGUUAAGAGUUAUGUGAUAAAUCUUUAUUACUGAGAUACAUCAGUAUAAGUUAGGUUUGGGAUAUCAGCUUUAACUUUAUAUUUCCUUCCUUUUGGAAGGUUCGUUAGACCAUUAAGGUUAUCUUAAAUUACUCUUCUGUCUGCUAAUUAAUUUUAUUUUAUAGACAUCUAAUAAGUGGUUGAAGCUUUGAGUUCCUAGAGAUGGACAGUAUCACAGUCAAGUUACUGUUGAUGAGCCAUUGUCAGUGUGAGAAUUUUUGAUUUACAAACAGAAAAAUGUUCACUACAGUUGCAUUUUUUUAAAAAAAAUUUGCCUUCUAAGAUACCCAAACAAGCCUGAAACCACUAAACAGCUCUUCCUUUUUGCUUCAGACCUGUAAGUUGACAUCUAAGUUUAAAUCCAAAUUGGAAAACAAAAUUAGUGAUGGCCUAAGACCACAUGAAUAUUCAGUUUCAGACAGAAGCUUAUACUGUGCAUGUUUUCAUUAUAACUGUAUAAAAACAGGGUCAAUAAUGGAAAUGCUGACAGUUUUGUUUAUACUGUCAUGCAUAAAUGCUGCUAUUUAUAGGUCAUUGACAUUUGUAAUACUAAAGUCUUUUAAAUUGCACUUGAGCAUUGUUAAAAAUAAUUGGGAAUGAUAAAUACAGGUGAAUGUAAGCAGCUAUACAUUUAUGUUAAAUUUUUAUACUUUUUUAUUUCAAUUAAAUUACAAUUAUUUUUUGUCACCUUAAUAGAAGCAGCAUGCUAAACCAAAUACAUUAAUGUAAUGACGAGAGGAGAUAAUACAUAGUUUACAUAAAGCCAACUGGUACUCUCACAUUGGCUCAAAUAUUUUAAAGUAAUAAUUUGUUGAGUUUUUGGUAUAAAAGGUGAUAAAUACGUACAGACUUUUCACUUGAUGGUAAUUAUGAUAUUAAAAUCUGGAAUUGAUUCUUUUUUGUUUACUGAAAAUAAACCAAACAAGAAUAUGGCAGAAUUAAAAGGGGAAAAAACCAAGGACCAUUGAUGAUGUUCAGGUCUGCCCUAGAUUUAUAAAGCAGUAUCUCAAGAUAGUUAAGGCCGUUAUAUUUUUGUGUAUUUGAAUCAUAUCAAGAGGACCUUUAAAUGGUAAACAUCUUGUAUGAAGAAACACUCUACUGCAAAAAACUGUCCAAAUUACUUAUUAUAAAAUACCUUUCAUGCUUUGUGUAACAUCCAGCAAACAAUGUGAAAUUUAAAUGGCUGUUGUAAAGUGUAAUGUUUUUGUUCUGCCCACUUGUGAAUUGUAUCAAAUGUAUUUUUUUAAAUCCUGAUUUAAGAUAAUGAGAUUUCAAUGAAAUGUUUAAAACUUUGUUGCAAGAUGUGACCUUUAUAAAAAUUAUAAAACCAAUUAUAAAUUGUUGAAUUACUUAGUAGCAUCUGAAAUGUGGCAUUUUCCUGCCUGUUAGAGAAUCUGAAUUUCAGAUGGUAUUUGGGAGAAAAAUACCAAAUAUGAGAUCAUUUUAAGAUGCUAGUACUAUAUGCAUUUUUGAGUAACUUUUAGCAACUUAAAAUUCAACUAUAAGAUAAGGCUAUGGUGCUAGAUGGAGUCAUUCACCCCGUUCGAAAUAGAUUUACCUAUCUAAAUAAGGAGUAAGCUUUAAGGUUUAGAAUGGUAGGCCAGAAGAUUUUGAGUGUGAAGGGGUUUUUUUUAGACGCAUGUAUAUGGAAAUAUCCCAGGUAGCAUACUUUUUGGAAUAUAUUUUUAUGGAGUGAAACUAGUAUUCUACAGUGGAAGUUUUCAUAUUUCAGGUCCUUCAUUAACUGACAAAAAAUAAAAGUGCUUUUUUCUUCUUUCCUUCA